AUGUUCCUGUCAUGCACAAUAGUUGGAGUAGCUUUACUGUUUUUGUUGAUUUUAUUUUUUACAGAAAAAAGGGAUGAGGGCGUUCAAGUAAACACAAACCAAUGUGAGCAGAUAAGUAUCAACUUAAAUGGAAGCCUUGUGUGUUCUUGUGAACCUGGAUACAAAAUAAGUAGUAUUGAUCCCAAUCAGUGUGAAGCCUGUAAUGCUACCCACUAUGGUCUGAACUGUGCCAACACCUGCAGCUGUAACCUAAACAACACAGUUGAUUGCAAUGACACCACAGGAGAAUGUUUGUGUGCAGCUGGUUGGAAUGGCACCACUUGUGAUGAAGAUGUCAAUGAGUGCCUUAAUGCCAGCUACUGUCCUGAUUACAUGGAAGUUUGCUUUAAUUUGGUUGGGUCAGCAGAAUGUAGGUGUGAGAUUGGUUUUCAAAGAUCACUUAUUGACCUGCAGUGCAAAGAUAUAGAUGAAUGCAACAUCCAAACUGCAAGCCCCUGUGAACACAUUUGUAACAACACAAAUGGAAGCUUCUUAUGUUCAUGCAAUUCCGGUUACGAAAUUAACAAAACAGAUACUACACGAUGUGUCGAUAUCAAUGAAUGCAGUUCUGGGAGUCCAUGCGAGCAAAUAUGUACAAACACUGAAGGAAGUUUCUUGUGUUCCUGCUAUCCUAGGUUCUUCAUUAAUAUCACAAACUCCAAUAAGUGUGAAACUUCUUGUAAUGCUUAUCCAACUUAUACAGCAGUACGCCGUCAAAUCUCAACACGAAAGGAAUGUUUCGAGCUGUGUGUAAACCAGUCAUGCUUUUAUUUCGAAUAUUUUAAAGGCUACGGUUGCUUCCCUUCUGUAACUGCCGGUAGUCCAGUUGACACUAGCAUUGAUGCAUCUCUUGAAGCUUAUGUGGGAUGCAGUAAUGUCAGCUCUCAAUGUGCACCCUAUGGCAAAAGAGAAAACCGAUUAACAAAUGUCGCCAAUUUAAAGGAAUGCUACACAACUUGUGUGGCGGAUCCUCUUUGUUGGGAAUUUAUACGUUAUAAAAACGGAACAUGUACAACAGUGAGAAUGAAAGAUCCAGCCAGCAUAGACAUAGAAGAAUCUUCAAGGAAUUAUGUUUCCUGCGCUUUUUUGUAAAUGGUUUUUUACGUGCUUCGUUCCAUAAAUAUUAAAUUAUGUGAUAUUUGUAAACUUUCAGGAUCGAUUGAUUCGCAAUGCAAUUCAUACUUUUUGCCUUAAUGGUCAACAUAUUAAAGAGGUGUGGUCU